CAGACGCCUUCGGUUCAGCUGCACUGAAGUCAGAGGAAGCCAUGCACGCUUCAGUUUCUAGAAACGCUGUCCACGUAAAGACGGAAGGAAAGACGCUGUGGUUUUGGCUGACUGCGUCAAAAAUGACACCUCUGUUGGGUGUGAUGGGCGGGGCUCCAGAGAUGUGAGGCGAGAAGAGUCUCAGAGUUCACAGAUGAAUCUACCUGGAAGGAUGAAGCUGCUGCUGAUCAGCCUGCAUUUCUCUUCUCUCUGUACGCUCUCUUCUUGGAGCGUUUCUUUGAACACACAAACUGCAGACAUUGAUGUGUUUGAAGGAGAAGCUGUGAACAUCAGCUGCUGCUGGACAGGUGGCAGAGUGAGAGUGGUGUGGUUCAAAAAUCAGAAAACAUAUAAAAAUGAUUCACUUUUUACAGAUAUGAACCUAAAAACUCAUAACAAUGAGAUGGAAAAAUGCUCAAUCCUGAACUUUGCCAGCAUCACUAAACAGGAUUCAGGCAGAUAUGUCUGUGAAAUUCUCAUUGAGAUACCGGUAUUUGAUAAAAUCAGAGGAAAUGGAACAACCAUCACUGUUAAAACCAGAGAGAACCAAACUAACACAACAGAUCAAUCAGAAGAUUCUAACUCAUCGAACGGUCUUCCAGUCCCCAUCGUGGCGUCUGUGGCUGCGGUGUCACUGCUGCUCCUGAUCACCAUCGCCUGCUUCUGCUGUCUGCGAAAGAGCCGAGGACAUGCGGCCCGGGUCAUCCACGAGAGUCCCUACACCAACUCAGACAUCAUGGAGAUGGACAAUCAGAGCACCACCUCCUCCAGAGGCUCCUCUCAGUGGUGCCAGGUUCCGGUGUACGACUCCCUGGACUACUUUGAGCACGUGGAACACAAAGGAAGCAAAUGAGAAUCUGCAGUUCCUGCUCCUCACCGUGUUUAUAUGUACAUUCUUUUACUGUAAAUAUUAAGUUGACUGUGUGAGUAAAUAAUUUAUGUACCCGUAUAAUCAAAAUGUGGUUUGUGUCUGUUCAUUCACUGUUGCAUUGAAAAGAUUCGGCAUCGGUUGUUCUGUCAGUUACUGAUGUUCUGCAGUGAAGGAGUGGGCAGACAGAACUGCUGCUUCAUGUUCACUGCAGGAAGUGGAAACAACGUCUGUGAAUCUGUGGGCCUGCAGACCCAAAAAGGAGUCUUUAUUUUCCACAGACCUCUGAUAAAACACUGACAGCUUCAGUGAAGCUCACUAUGAGAUUAGAGACGAUUAGAGAGUUACUAGAAGACCGAACAUCACUGCCAUUUC